AUGAGGGAGGGAUGCCUUGAGUCCUUGAACCGCACCGCUUUACAGGCAAGCUCCAGUCUGCGUGCCUGUGCCUGCAUCGACUUCAAUCGAUCACAUGCUGUGGCAGUCGCCUGGCUAUUCACAGCUGAUCACACUUACUCAGCAUCACAGGGGUGUGAGGUGUCCUGUGUCUUGUCAGAGUACUCUCCUUGCGGCCAACUGUGCCAGGUGCGAGAGCAAGCUGAGCGACUCGAAGAGGCGCUAGGUGAGGGCGACUGCGCCGACGACUACUGGAAUGCUCCGACGCUGGAGUGCUCGAUCUGCCGGAAGUCCAUAGACAACAUCAAGGCACACCUCAUGUCCUUGGAGCACUUCGAGGCCCUAAAGGCCAAGCUGCAGGAGGAGAUUGGCAGGCUGGGGUCCUUAGAGGCCGUGAUGCAGCAGAAGAGCAAGUUCGUCCAGAAUUUUGAGGUCGCAGCGUUCCAACACCUGAAGCCGGAAGUCAUCUACCAGUGA